AAUCUUUACAUUGAAUAUAUGUGGCGUCAUAAUCCUGAUCGCAACCAAUCCUAAAUGCGAUUGCAUUGCAAUUUUUUUCAUGUUUAUUUUCAAAUCUAUUCAUUCCAAUCUCAUUUUGAGUGGGUUGGAUUUUUUACUAAAUGCUUUUAUCACUGAAACCUAAAUACCUCAUUGAAUAAAUUUCGUAGCUUGUAAAUUGCAUAUGAUCGAAAAAACUUCAAUCAUCCUCGAUACCGAUCAUCAUCAUCAUCAUCAUCAUCAUUAUCAUCCGAAUCUCCAUGGUGAAUAUAUAUUUAAAAUUUUUCUGGUCUAUUUUAUAUUAAUAUAUAGGCAACAUCAACAAUUUUCAUCGAGAAUGAGAAAAAAAAAAUAUUGUAUAUAUAAUUUUACAAUACACAUACCUGUAAGAGAGUAGAAACAACAGAGAAACAAUCGUUGUCGAAACCACGACCACAACCAGUCUGAUCAUCAAGAGCAAUUGAAGCGGUUGAAAAUCCAGUCUAUAUCAUUAAAUGUUUAUUCUCGAACGUUACCCGAUUUUUAUUCCCUGCCAUCAUAUUUGUCUCUUUCAAAUUAUCAUGAAAGAGUGAAGACGAAAAAUCAACUAGUUUGUGAAUACCAUAAUGUGUUUUACAUGAUCCUCAUCAUCAUGGUUAAUGUAAUAAUACAGGUGGAAGAUAUCUUCACUUUUGUUUGUCUGUGUCUGAGGCCAUGUAUAAAAUAAUUAAGAUAAACGAAAUUGACAGAAAUGAUCAAAAUUCUGUAUUCCAUCUUAUUGGCAUGAAAAUAUAUCUGCUAUAAUUCGUCCAGAAUGAAAUGAUUCAUCCUGCCAAUAUCGCAUAGAAAACUUUAAGUAGUGAAAAAAAAUUUGUCUCGCCAACAGCAUCAAAAAAAAUCGACAAACUUUAUAAACCGAAAUCGAUCUCAUUUUCCUUUUCUUGAGUUUAUAUCAUCGAUCAAACUCCAUCGCGUCAUUCUAGAUUAACCCAAAUUCACAAGUGAAUAAAAUCUGAUCAUUUUUCACUUGGUUUUUACAAUUGAAAGGCUGCGUCUGCAGCGGUGCUGGUACAAGCAACGAAUUUGCAUGUACAGGCUUUGAGAAAGCAAAUUUUUUCAAUCGUUUUCAACAUUCCUUAUUUUUUUCCAAGAAAAAAUUUCUGCUCAAAAUAUGGCAAUAAAUACCCUCUUAAAUCCACAUCAUUCAUCAUCAUCCACUGAAGAUGAAGAAGAUAUCAUAUCACCACAAAUGCCACAAUCAAUUAUGAAUCCAUUGGUAGCCAGAAAAAGGCAAUCAUUCGAUAAUUCGAUGUUUCAUUUUCCAAAAUUAGAUGAAUGUGCUCAUUUCCAUUAUGAGAGUGCCGAAUUGGAUGAUUUUCAUGCAUCAUUAAUUGUUAAUAAUCAUCAAUGCAAUAAUCUACACCAAUCAAAUAAUGGUCACUUGUUGACUGUUGAAUUCAUACAAAAUCUACACAUUUUUGUCCGCGUUCACUGUUCACAACGAUCAUGGACCGUACGACGAGAUCUUCGAGAUUUUAGCUUUCUUGAUGUUCAGCUACAUAAAUGCAUAUUCGAUAGACAACAUUCGAAAUUGAUGAAAUUGGAUAUGGAUUGCUUUUUCACUUCGUUUGAUAGCAUGGAUUCGAUAUUAUAUCACAUUGAUAAUUACUUGGAACGAUUAUCGACUAUUGUCGAUACAUCAUUGUUAACAUGUGGCCCAAUUCUACAUUGGUUCGAAAUGGACAAUCAUGGAAAUCGUUUAAUCAAAGAGGAAUCAGAUAUUAAUACACCAGCCAUUGGGGCAGCAUUCGUAACGAAAAAAUAUUGUAAAAAAGAUGUAGAAACAGAAAUAUCAUUAGAUAUUGGCGAAUUAAUUUCCGUGAUUGAAAUGCCACCGCCCAAUGAAUCCUUCUAUUGGAAGGGCAAAAAAGGUUUUGAGGUUGGUUAUUUCCCAGCUGAAUGUGUCAAAUUGAUCGAUGAUGAGAUAUCGAAGAAAUCGGACCUACGAUCAUUACGACCGUUAAAAAAAUGUGUAUCGCCUACGCCUGUCGGCCGUCAGCCACGGCAAAAAAAUGGUGGUGGCGUUGAUUUAAUGAAUUCGUCAUUCAGUGAUAGUGAUGAUAAUGGCCAUGACCAAGCUGAUGAUCAACAAUCAUUAGCGUCACGGAAACGAACAAAGAUUUCCGCACUGUUUCGUAACUUUGUUACUGGUUUUCGUAUGCGUCGUCGUGACCAAUUACGUCGUAGUGGUAUACUUAAAGAACGGGUGUUUGGUUGUGAUCUUUGUGAACAUUUAGAAAAUUCUGGCCAUGAAUAUCCUUUAGUAUUGACUGCUUGCUGUUCAUAUAUUGAACAAUAUGGGUUUAAUACCAAUGGUAUAUAUCGAAUAUCCGGUGUUGUUUCGACGAUCAAUCGAUUAAGGGCAAUAUUUGAUGAAGAUCGUAUUCCGAUCGAAUUGUUAGACACCAAUAACGAUUUGAGCCGUCAAAAUGAUGUUGAACCAUUAGAUUUACAUGCUGUCGGAUCAUUAUUGAAGCUGUAUUUUCGAGAAUUACCUAAUCCAUUGCUAACCUAUGCAUUGUUUGAUUCAUUCAUAUCGACUAUGCGUAAUGAUACAAUCGACGAAAAUGAACGUAUUCAAAGUAUAAGAAAAUUGGUCCGCCGAUUACCCCCACCACAUUGGCGAACAUUGCGUUAUCUUAUCAAACAUUUAGCACAUGUUUCCGAAUUUCAUGCUCAUACUGGUAUGACAACGAAAAAUAUUGCCAUUGUUUGGGCACCAAAUUUAUUGCGUACAAAAACACUUGAUCUCGGUAAAGAAGCGUUACAAAUUGUCGCUACUCAGGCAGUUUUAACUGAAUUCUUAAUCAUUAACUGUGAUAAAAUAUUUGAUCGCGAAGAUGAGCUACAUCCAUCGAAAUCGCUUUAUUCUUCGUUUGUAGAUACGAAAGAAUAUGGCCAAAAAUCACCACCACUAUCAUCGAAAUGUCUAAAAUACAUCGAAGUUGGACCUGAAAUUGUUCCAGGAAAAUUUCAUACAAUUAUAUCGUGUCGCCCAUCACAAUCAAAGCGAUCAAAAUUUAAUUUACAAAACUUUAAAUUUCAAAACCUUUUUACAACACGUGCUUCUCCAUCAAAUAGUGUUCGAUAUCGGUCUUCACCACAUCAUCCACUUCAACAUCGUCGUACGGUUUCAACUGGCUGCGAUGAUGAAAAAUCCAUCAAAAAUCGCCAUAGUGCUGGCAAUAUGAAAAAACACAUCGACAUGACAAUCAAUGAAUCCUUAUUGAAUACUUGCCAUUCAAUGAAACAUACAGCCAGUUUUCAGAGUAAAAUUCUAUGCUUUGUAAACAACAAUAAACCAGUGAAACGAUCACAUUCAUUUGAUUCAUAUUUUAAGAAAAUGAAAACUGGAGAUAUAAAUCGUCCUCGUCAACAUAUAACCCAUGGACGACAACAACCUGAUGAUGAUAAUAAUAAUACCAUUAAUAAUGAUCAUGUGGGUAAAAUGGUAAUAGCAGAUACAACUGCUAGUGAACAUCAUCACCGAAUCGCUGAUGAAACCAUUUUUGAAGAUGAUGAAAAAUUGGCCUCCAAUGAUUGUGACGAUGAUGAUAUAUUGAGAAAAAAAUAUACCGAAGAAUCAGAAUAUAUGAAAAAAUCAACAGGGACUAGAUCUGAAUCAACUCCAAAUGGUUUAACAUUGACACUUAUAUCAUCGUCAGAUGAUGAUGAUGAUGAUGAUAAGGAAAAUUUCGUUGACCAUAACCGCAGUAAUUCCAACAAUAGCUAUCAAAGCAGCUUUUAUAGCCAUAGUAGUAGCCGGGUUAAAUCACCCAUUUUAGAUCCAGAUAUAUUAUCAUCAUUACCACCAACAUCCAUUUUCGAUCUAUAUCCACCGAUAACGACUGCAUUUGGGGAGUCAUCGACUAUCAAGCAACUAUCAUCAUCAUUCAAUGACAAUGAAUUCGAUGAAAAUGAUCAUACAUCGAAACAAUCGUUGAUCAUUAACAAUAAUAAUAUAUCAUCAUCCUCAUCGUUAACGGCGACAAGUCCUACGAUGAAUUUCGAAAUCGAAUUGGAUCCAAAAAGUUAUCGAAUGUCAUAUCCAUCUGCAUUUACUGAUCAUCAUUAUCAAACUGUUGUUGCUGAAACUGGUAUAAAUCGAGAGAAAGUCGAACACUACAAAAAUGAACGUCGUCGAAUAUUACAGCAACGAUAUCAGCCUUUAUUGGAUUGUAAUAAUAAAUCGAAUGCUGAUGACGGUCUUCACCAUAAUGACAACCAUUGCAAUCCUGAUCAUACCGUACAGCUUCGAAAAUCUAUUCAUAAUCCUGACAAUGAGAAUCAUCAUUGUCAUUCAACACAGGCGACAAAUACAUUGCCAGUAAUCAAAAUGACACCAUUACGUACGGUGAAUAAACGACAACGAAUCAUCAUUGAUGAUCAUAAUGAAUUGAAUCCAUUCUUAAGAAAUGAUCUGUGAUUAAAAAAAAAUAUAAUCAUCAAAUUAUAGGAUUUGUUCCAUUAUAGGAUUCCAGAUAUGACCAACUAUUGAACCGAAUAAUAUACUCAUCAUUAGAUAAACGAAUAAAAAUCUCAACUCAUACUUGAACCAUUUUUUUUAUUUUGAUUAAUUUUUUCUUUUUUUUGUUUUAUUAUUUGUUUGUCUAAUUAUUUUUUUUUUUUUGUAACUUGUAUUAGUUUGGUAUGUAAGCACCAAGUGUAUUUUUCUCUAUCUUUUUUUUAUUCUUUGAUGCACACUCAUAUGGAACGAAAAUUUUUUUCGAUAAAAUGUAACUCAUUUCAUUUCAUUCGUUAAUAAUUACAGACCAAGUACAAAACUGAUUCCAAUAGCAAAAAAUGCUCAAGUAAAUUUCAAUAGUUGCAAUAUUUUAUCAUCAA